GUGUGCUGCCGCUGUGCUGCCCAGCAUGGGGCAGGGUGGUCCGGCAGCCCUCCGGGCCCUGCCAGCCCCCUGGGCCCUUGCCAGCCCCGCGCCGUGCCUUCAGCAACAACAAGAUCCAAGUGGAGCUGAACGAGAGCUCAGGUGUUGCCACGAUGAAGUUCAAGAGUCCCCCAGUGAACAGCCUCAGCCUGGACUUCCUCACAGAGUUUUCCAUAGCCAUGGAGAAGCUGGAGAACGACCGAGCCUGCCGGGGUGUGAUCAUCACGUCCUCUCUCCCCAAAAUAUUCUCCUCUGGUCUGGACAUCACUGAGAUGUGUGGGAAGAGCACAGAGCACUAUGGCGAGUUCUGGAGAGCUGUGCAGGAGAUGUGGCUGCGGCUGUAUGGCUCCAACCUGGUGACAGUUGCUGCAGUCAAUGGGUCCAGCCCGGCGGGAGGAUGCCUCAUGGCCUUGUCGUGUGACUACAGGAUCAUGGCAGAGAACCCCAAGUUCAGCAUCGGCCUCAACGAAGCCCAGCUGGGCAUUGUGGCUCCCUUCUGGUUUAAGGACACGUUUGUGAACGUUGUGGGACACCGAACUGCUGAACGCUCCCUCCAGUUGGGUUGCCUCCACCCUGCACCUGAGGCCCACAAGUUAGGCCUCGUGGAUGAGCUGGUGCCAGAGGAGAAGCUCCUGGAGAAGGCUGCAGCUGUCAUGGCGCAGUGGCUGGCCCUUCCUGACCAUGCUCGCCAGCUCACCAAGUCCAUGAUGAGGAAGGCAGUGUUGGACCGCCUGGUAGCUCACCGGGAGGAAGACAUUAAGAACUUCAUCAGCUUUGUCUCAAAAGAGUCCAUCCAGAAGUCGCUUCGCAUGUACAUGGAGAUGCUGAAGAAGAAGAAGAGCUGAGGAGGCAGCUGCCCCAGGCCGGUCCUGGGAGCUCCAUCACCCUCCAAAAUGCUGCUGUAGCUGUAGACUUCCACAGCAAAGCCAUCUGCAGUGCCAGCAAUGGGUGACGUGCCACCUGCUCCCACGGCUACCCCAACCAUCCCUUCCCCUAGUGCCUGUAGAGUGCCUGACACCACUGUUGCCUUCCCUGGGAGUGGGGACUGCCCUCAGCCCUGCCAAGGAACAGGCAGAGAGGGGGGCUCAGCACACUGGACCUGAGCCCAUCAGUCCUUGGAUAUCCUCCCUCCUGUCCAACAGUUAAUUGUGAAAUAAGGUUUGUCAAUAAAGUCUGCAAUGAGGUAGGA